AUUUACUCCUUCCCUCCAACCCCUCUCUCUCUCUCUCUCUCUUGAAUAUUAUUUUGCCUGUUUUGGAACCCAUCUCAGGUGGCUUUUACAGGCCCUCUGCAGAUUAGCCUUUAUGACGACCCCUCCCAAAUCUAUUCCAUUUCCCUUCGGAUUCAGUGCUUCAAUUCCCCCACACUCCCAAUUAUAUAAAUAACCAACACGACCGCAACCGCAACUAUCAAAUUCAAAUCCAAUUUCUCAUGUUGGGAAUGGAAGAGAUUCUGUGUGAGCUCCAGAGAGACGAUCAGCAAGGCCUGCCUCCUGGCUUCAGAUUCCACCCCACCGAUGAAGAGCUCAUCACCUUCUACUUAGCUUCCAAGGUCUUCAAUGGCGCCUUCUGCGGCGUCGACAUCGCCGAAGUCGACCUCAAUCGCUGCGAGCCCUGGGAGCUUCCGGAUGCCGCGAAGAUGGGGGAGAGGGAGUGGUAUUUCUUCAGCUUGAGGGACCGGAAAUACCCGACGGGGCUGCGGACGAACCGGGCGACCGGCGCCGGAUAUUGGAAGGCGACGGGGAAGGAUAGGGAGGUGGUCAGCGCUGCGAAUGGGGGCCUUCUUGGGAUGAAGAAAACCCUAGUUUUCUACAAGGGGAGGGCCCCCCGGGGGGAGAAGACCAAGUGGGUUAUGCACGAGUACCGCCUCGACGGCGACUUCUCCUGCCGCCACACCGGCAAGGAAGAGUGGGUGAUAUGCAGAAUUUUCCACAAGAUGGGUGAGAAGAAGAGUUUGAUGCCAGGGCAAAGCUACCUACUGAGAGGCUCAUCAUUUUACAACCCAAUCACAAAUUCAUUGCCUGCAUUGCUUGACCCACAUCAAGAUCUCCCAAACCCUCUUCUCUAUCACACUUCAUGUCAUCAAGAUCAAUCGGAGCUCAAGGCCCUAAUCAACCCGCUCGUGUCCCGACCCGAUUUCCUACCCGUCGGCAUCAACCCGAUCCAAGCCAAGGACAGCAGCAGCUCCUUCUUCCUGAAGCCGUUGAUGUCCCAAGAUUUGAGCUUGAAAGAGCUGAGCAACGCCAUUGCGAAACAAUGCAAGAAAGAGUCUGAUUUCGGGAGCCAUUUGCAGUAUGUGUGUGGUGGUGAUGGAGUUGGCAAAUAUGAAAAUCCAUUUGUUUUUGGGGGAAAUUUGGCAAUCCCAUCAGUAACAGUGGGUGAUCACAUCGUUACAGCUGCCAUGGAUGCUGCUGCUAUUGAUCAUGUGAUGUCAACUGAGCCGGCUUUUAGAUGGUGGUAGAGAUAGAGAGAGAGAGAGGGAGAGAGAUUCAAAUCCCACCUCCCAUCAAAGUCACUGGAGAUUAUUCUUGCCAGUAUUAAAUAUUUAAAAUAUCUUCUUCUUACUAUUGUUCAGUAUAAAUCUAAUUGUGGAAUACUAUAAAAUAUGUUAUCUACAGAAUCUAGAGAUUCUGGAUAUGUGCAUCUGUAUCUGUUUCAUGAAUGUAAGCAUGUAGCAGUAGCAUUAAUGAUGGGGUACUAAGGAAUGACUAGCACUAUAUUUUGCUGUUUUAGUACCGUGUAUUUAUUUAUUUAUGCCAAGAUAAAGAUCGCAAUUUACAACUA